AUGUACCUCCUCCUCGGAGCCGGCGUCGUUUCGGCGGCGCUCGCAGCCGUCUCGACGCGAAUCGCAAUCGCCGCCGCGAUCGGUUCCGCGGCACUAGCGCUCAUCGCCAAAGGCCUCUUCCCGGGGAGGCCUCGCAAGCUGGCCUCUGCUCACCGCCUGCAGCGGGUCAGGGCGCUGCUCUCGCUGUUGCGCGGCGGCAAGACACCGUACGACCUGGCCGCCUUCCUCGAGGCUGAGGGCUCGCCCGACGACGGCAAGGUUGUGCUCUCGCUCACGCUUGAGCCCGCGCUGCACAACUUCCUGCGGUCGAUGCACGGCGGCGCCAUCGCCUCGGCCGUCGACGUGUCCACCACCCUCGCGAUCGUCUCCGCCGGCGGCUUCCCCGGCGUCUCCACCUCGCUCGGCGCGACCGUGCUCAAGCUCGGCGCGACGCUCGCCUACACCGAGUGCAGGCUCUUCCGCGGCUCGGACGGCGCCCUGAUGGCGCGCGGCUGGCACGUGAAGCACGCGGCGCGCGGCUGGCACGUGAAGCACGUUGUGCCUCCGCUGCCGCUCUCUCCUCUGCUCUCGCUGCGGCCCGCCCUUGCGGCGCGGCUGCUGGCGCACUUGGCGCCGUACUUUGGCCGCUUCGGCGAGAUCGGGCACGACCUGCUCGGCUGGGACGCGCCACUGCAGGUCGCAGCGAUGACAAUUACAACAACAGAUGAUGACGCGCUCUGCUUUGCGGGAGAAGGGGCAGCGGCAGGCGGCGGCGGCGUGGCGUCCCCCGCCCGCUGGCGCUUCAAGGUUGGUCCUGCGCACGUGAACGGCUACGGCGCGCUGCACGGCGGCUGCACCGCGUCGGUGAUCGACUCGCUCGGGACGGCCGCGAUCGCCCUCGGCGAGGGGGGCGAGUGCGGCGUCGCAUCACGGAACCAAAUCAUCAACGAGUCAAGUAAUGAGCAGGCGAGGGGGGCGAGCGACGAGGUGGUGUGGGAGGCAUCCGUCCUCAAGCGCGGCGGCCGGCUGGCGACGGUGGAGGGUGGCCGAGGCCGCGGCAAGCUGCUCGCCGUCGGCAGCCUGACCAAGUCUCUGCGCGGCCCCGGCGCGAGCGCGGAGGGUGCGGAGCCGCAGUCGCUGAGGGCGGGCUACCCGCUCAAUCUCUGA